AUGAAGGACAGAAUAAAUGAAAAUGAAAAUAAUAAUGAAAAGAAAGUGGAGAAAAGUUACUGGUUCGGUGAUUUUGAGACAUGUAAUAAAGAAGGUCAAGAAAUCCCAUUUAUGCUGUGCUUAUCAAAUGAAGAUGGUAGCAUAAAAAAGACAUUCACAGGGUUUAAUUGUGAUGAGCAGUUAAUGAAUUAUUUACCGAAUAACUCGAUAAUAUAUUUUCAUAAUUUAGGUUACGAUGGCAGAAUAUUAAUGAAAUUUGGAAUAAAAAAUAAUAUCAUGAAAGGGUCAAAAAUAAUUAGACAGAAACACAUAUAUAAUGGAAAACAUAUUGAGUUAAGAGACUCAUACAGCAUAUUCACAGAGAAAUUAAGUAAUUUUCCGGCGUGUUUCCCUAAUGCAUUUAAGGGAACAGAUAUUAAAAAGGAAUUAUUCCCAUAUAGAUAUUACACUUAUGACAGAAUUAAUGAAACACAAGGAGUGGGAAUUAUUGAUGAAGUAGGAAACGAUGAGACACCUAAAUGGGGUAAGAAUGAAAAAUCAACGUUUAAAGAGAAUUUGAAAAUGAUUAAUGCAGAGAAGGAAAGAGGAACAUUCGACAUGUUCAAAUAUUGUGAAUUCUAUUGUGAACAAGACGUUAAUGUUUUAAGAGUUGGAUUUAGUGCUUUCCGUUCUGUUUGUCUUCAGGAACCCAUAAAAAUGGACAUUUACGAUAUAACAACUGUUCCAAGUUUAGCCAAUAAAUUUUUAAAUCGUGAGGUAUUUUAUCCUAACGGUAAUUUAUACGAAAUAUCAGGAAGUGUGAAGGAAUACAUAAUGGGUGCAAUUUAUGGCGGGCGUUGCAUGACUAAAAAUAAUAAAAGAUAUGUUGUAAAGGAUAAAUUAAAUGACUUUGACGCCUGCAGUUUAUACCCAUCAGCAAUGAAUAGACUAUUCACAAUUGAGGGAAAGCCAGAAAUUAUAAAUGAAUGUUUGAUAGAUAAUAAAAUUUAUGAUGUCAAUAAUCCCACCCUUUAUUAG